GUCGUCACUUGUACACCAUAUCUCGCGGGCGGUCUUUUUAUGAGCAGCUAGUUGGAUCUUGCUCUCCCUGACCCAGAGUGAACACAUCCUACUCCUCCUUCUCUUGGAUUGGAACACUGGAUCUGCUCCAAGAUCGAUCCUGAACCAACCCAAGAUAAGCAAUGGCUCUAGUUGGUCAGGCUGCCAUGGUUGCGCAGUUUGCAGGAGUGGACGCCUACGGGCUCAUCAAGAUGAUCGCCGAUGCGGCGCAGACGGUCCGGAGGAACAGAGCCACCUGCCUGCAGCUCGCGCGCCGCGCCAAGAUGAUCGGGGACCUGCUGCACCAGCUCCACGCCGCACAGCUCAUGCAGCAGCCGGAGACGAGGAACCCGAUGGAGCAGCUCGAGGAGACACUCCGGCGCGCGCUGCUGCUCGUCAGGUCCUGCCAGGGCCGUGGAUACCUCUACCGGUGCUUCAUGGGGGCGCGGCACGCCGACGAGCUCCGCGAGGUGCAGGGUGAGAUCACCUUCUACCUCCAGCUUUUCCCUCUCGUCAGCUACGUCGACACCACCCUCACCUGGGUCAGACUCCUCAACAAAGCUGGUGCUCCUGAACCUCCUUCAUGCAAAGAGGCACCUGUGGUAAGACCAUAUUUUGUGCCGGAUGAAUGGUUCUUGCUAGUUUCUCAUUCAGGAAGUAUACCUUGGCACUGUAUACACAUGGUUUACAUCCUUCUCUUCUUGUAAUAUCUACUAACCACCCGUCGGGCAAAAUUUAUCCUGGCAUGUAUCUGCAGGAGUUAAAAUUGUUGUGCAACUGACCAGUUAUUUCUUUUUUCUCAUCACUUCACUGAAAUGAUUAGCAAUUAUCUAGCUAGCACAAUGUUUCUGCAACUGCUAGUUAGCAUUGUGCUUGUUAUGUAUUGCGUUCGCGCUCUUGUCUCUGGAGAAUCUGGCUGGCAUAGAGUGAAAUUCAAGUUCACCCAAUCCAAACCGCGGUUGUAAGUCGGUCAUUCGUUCGUGUGCAAAAUAGGUAUGUUGGUAUUUUCUUUUCCUUGCAGAAGAUAAGAUCAUAGUUGAGAACUGACCAUGAGAAUCUUGUGUAUUGUUGUUUGUUUGCCACUCGAGUUAUUGGGUGUUGUUCAUCUUGCAUUCAAAAGCUUACAUUUUGAUCCAUCAGGAUCGCAAAUUUCCAGUUUCGGAGGCACAGUCGCGGUUGCAGGUGCCAUUGGAUCAUCAGUGUAAAGAAACUUCCAUGCCCCCUUCACAUGGUGCAAGUGCAACCCUCCAGGUUCAAAGGGUAGCCUGUGUAUUGCAUCACACAUGACUUUGCUUGAAGGCCCUCUCUCAUCUACAUAAGCAAAGCUUUCUGAAGAGUAGGAGGCGAGCUCGGAAGCAGCAAUAAGUCUCAAGCCCAGUGCCACUGUACAAAUGAUCCAGGCUUCAGAGCUGAUAGAAAAUUAGAAGAGCGAAUAUAGGACCUUUAUCCGCAAAAAAGAAAAGAAUAUAGGACCUUGGUUGCAGCAAAACUUGCCUCCUUAUUCAACUUCUUUUGAUCCAAAGAAACCCGUUUUGCAGUGUCCGCGGCCAUAGUUACAGAUUUACAUAAACUGCAGAGAUAAUACUGGUUCUCACACAUGGUUCUUGUUUACCUUGUAACUUCGUAUCGUACCUUGGAGUUUCUCUGUAACUGUGAAUGACCAUUAGGCGUACCUUGGAGUUUGUCGAAACAGGCAUACGCCUCACUUUAUACUAAUAAAGCCAUAUGGCAAAAUGAUACUA